AUGUACUGCACUCACAGUUUACCGUACCUGGGAGUGUUGAUAAUGUCGGUGGUCGGCAACAAGAUGCUGAGGGAGUGUUUAUCCUCGAACCGAACAUACACCAUGAACGUUGUGCUUCUGGAGGAUAAUACUUACGAGUGGAGUCGACCGUUUGUGCAGCUGGCAGUGGAACGAGCCAUUGAGGCAGACAGACUGGAGAACCAAAGACGAGGUAUGUGUCAACACAUGGAAAUAAACAAGUCUGGAAAGAAACUCAAAUGAUCAACAAACAUAAAGUUUUUCUUCAGCCAAUGAAGUAAAGCUUAAACCCAGAUGGUUUAACAGUAAAGAGAGGGAGAAUCAGUGCAGGUUUGUUAGUUAGUGCUAAAUGUUUUGAACAGUUUUAAGUCAAGUGAUUGGAAUUCUUGGAGUAUCAUAAAAACAGGGAACUACAAAGUCAAGAUGGCAGCUAACCAAACAAAUUUGUGAACUACAUUACUUUCUCUAGAUUCAGUUUAACAGAAAUAAUUUCACACAAAAUAAAAAAUCUAAAAAAUCAAAAUCAGCUAGAGAAACCUGCUACAAUAGACUAAAAGCAUCUUUUUAACUUAGAGGUUGAACCAGACUUUACUUUCUUUAAAUCUGUCCUAUUUUCACCUGCGCUAAAGACAUUUAGCUCAAUGUGAUUUAAGAAAUAUUCUGAAUUAUGAAUAACGACAGGAGCCUGGAAUAGAGGUAAAAUAUUUGGAUUUCAUGUGAUAAUGUUUGGCACAGAUGAGAAUUAAAGGGUAAGUCGAAAGAUACAUUAUAACCUGAUACAAUAUAAAGCACUUGGACAGGACACAUUACAACACAACAUAAUAGGAUAGGAUGAUGACAUAGGGUGUGACACUAUACAAUGUGAUAUGAUACUGUAAGGAAAGUAAUUACUGAAAGGAAGUAAUAGGAUACAAUAGGAUGCAAUGUAGUACCCUAUUGUGUUUGGAUAUGAUAUAAUUUGAUAUGAUAUGAUAUGACAUGAUAGGAUGCAAUACGUUGCUAUUCCACAUGAUACAGUACAAUACCAUAUGAUACAGUAUGAUACUAAAUGAUAUAAUAUGAUAUGAUUUGAUACAGCAUGAGUGGUGAUGGUGCAACACAAUGCUUUACCAUACUAUACAAUAUGAAACAAUACAAUACAAUAUUAUACGAUACAAUGUGAUACAAUAUGGUUCACUAUGGGAUGAUGAUUUGGUACUAUAAAAGAAAAAUAUUAAAAUACCAAAUGAUACAUUACAACUGAUACGAUACAAUGGGCUGGGCUGUUUUAUAGAGCUAAGCAGUGCAAUUAUUUAAAGCCUCUAUGGGGAACUUUCAGUUUGUGUUCAUUUUGGACAAAGCAGUCUUUGCUUAUUUUGUUCUUUACAACUUAAACAGUAACUUGGGGAAAUUUUUUAUGUGUAAGUUGUUAAAAACAUGGCCGUGUGGCCUAGAUCAACCCCUGUGCACUGGUUUCAGGCAUUAAAAAUUACUAUAAAAAAUAACAAGUACUUCCUUUUAAAAGCCUAGAUACAAAUUGCUGUCUAUCUUAUUAACAUCAAAAACCUCCUUAUAGGAGUUUUAUAUAAGAUAUACUGCUAACUUGGGCUGUGCUGGAGAAUAGAAAAGGAUGUCAGAGAAGGAGAAGUAUUUUCUCACGUCCUAUUUUUGCACUGGAUGAACAGAAAAAUAGGCUAGCAGUUUUUUUUAACCAAACUAGAGGCACUAAACUUCAGUGGCAGAUAUGAGGGUUCUUUAAGAAUCCUUUUCUCUAAUCUGAUAAAGCGAAAAAUCUCCAAAAUCAACCAACAUUUACUUCUAAGCAUGCCCAGCACAGUUGUAAUCUCCUUCCAGCCAGUUUAUUUAGGUCUAGGUAUAGUGAAAUAAGAAGAUAUCAAACAGGUAACUCCUCAUCUGAACUUGGGGGGUUGAACAGAAAUGAACAGACUGUAAAUAUCUAUGUUAGUGACAGGAAAAAACAAACUUUCAAGACAAAAAAUACAUGUAGCAAUAGCUUUGGAGCUGCCUAAAGAUGCAUUUUGCUCUUGAAAAGAUGGUCAGUUAAGUGUUGGCUUUAAGACAAACUAAUAACAAUAAAUGAGUUACUGAUUAUCUGCAGAAACACACAGAUAUAAAUCUCAUAUCAAACUUUGUCCAGAGAAAGUCAGAUAGUGAUAAUUUUCACAUGGAGAAUGCUUUCGUGAUGUUUGGUUUGUAAACUUUGUUUCCUCUCAUACUUCUCCAGAUGUGCUCCUGUAUGGGCCCAGAUCUUCACUUUAAUACAUUUGUAAUGAGCUUGUGUUUGACGUUGUUUGGACAUUUUUUUUUGUAUGAAAUAAUAUUCCAGUUUGUUAUUUACUGAUACAAGUAACUGCCAUUUUUUUCAUCUUUUUAACCAGUUAAAGCCUUUUAUCAUUCAUUAUUUUUCUGCUCCUGUCUUUAAUGUACCUUUUGAACUUCUGGGUAGGAAGUCUAAGGCUGCAUUUACACCGUGCGGCAAUAAAGUGAUUUUAAUCUUAUCUUAAUAACUCAAAGAGUUUCAUUUGUUUUAUAUUAGUAACUCUUAUCUUCUUUCAUGGCUCUAGGUUUAAAUUUCUCUUUGAUGGCUAACUACAACGGGUUCAGCACCAACAUGUACAACCGGCAGGGCUGUGGGAGCAGUACCUGUGAGGGAGUGGAAAUACUGAAGACUCUCCAUGUAAGUGCAGCUAUUUUUACAGAGGAUUAGAGCUUUGUUUUCAAAUUUCUGACAAAAAAACAAAAGAAGUACUUAUUUUACCUCUGAUAUUUGUAUUUAUUCUUUUAUUUCUAAGUUUCUCACCCCAGUAACAAUAUAUGAUUCCUGGAAAUUUGAUUUGCUGUUUUCAGACUGGUCACUUUAGCUCAGUCCCACUGAGGUUUCCUCCCUGUUUUAUUCAAAAUUUAUAAUGUCCACAUGACAGCACAGAAUGACUGAAAAUGUGUGUUACUCAGUGGUUUGAGAUUCUGCUUCUCAACUGCGUAAACAAGUAAAAAAUUCCCCUAAAAUCUCAGUGAAUGAUGCACCUGAUGCAGCCUUCAUGGCCUGUAGAAAAGUAGUAAACAUUUGUCGGCUGCAUUUGGAGGAGCCUCUCCAUAUAGGAAAGCUCCCAGUAUGCCACUGUGACGCGUUAGGACUUGGAUUGGGACAUGGCGACUGUCCUCUAAAAACUCUUUUGUUUUUCCUGUCAACACAAACACUCAGAGUUUCAUCAGGACACAAAAUGUUGAAAAAAAGUUCAAAAGUCACUCAUCUUAAACUUCAGGGUAAAAUUUCAGGAUUGGUGUCUAUUUGUAUCUCCAUAAAUGGACAACACCUCUAGUGUUCAGUGCACGGAAGAGUCAGGAAGAGUAUUUCUUUACAGCUGGAUAGAAACUGUAGAAUCUACCUGUAGCAUAACAUCGCUAAUCCACAACAAGAUUAAAUAAAAUACAAAAAACUCAUCCAAUCACAUUAAACCAUCAAAUGGGAAAGUGAAUUGAAGGAAAUAAACUGUUAGCAUCAUAUGUUCAUAUGUUUUUUCUGUAAUCUACAUAAAUGGAAAUGCAGCAGGAGGAAAGGAUACAGAUAUCUACAUCAUAUGCAGCCGAAAUUGAUCAAAAUGCAAACCAUCCAAAAGAGUGUUGUGGUGUGACGCUAACAGUCCUUGGCUCUGCCAUGUUUGCUGAUUUUGUUCUUAAGACUGAAUUAAAAACAAGAUCGGACAAGUUUGCAGGCGAGACACACUGUGUUAUAUGAAAUGUAGAUAAGACUAUAAAGCAGAGAGGAAAAGUUAAAUAGUUUAAUCAAUGUUGUACAAAACCUGCAGAGAGGUACUAAAGUUAGAAAAGUUAGCCAUAACUUUUUAUUGUAAAGAAUUUAAACUCUUCCUUUGUUUCAUAUUUAUUCUUACUGUUGUGUCUGAGCUUCUGGUGGUGCUGCUGUGGUAUCACAUAAUGUCUCACAUAAUAUCUCUCUGUGUACAGAGAGUAACAGAAUCACUGAUAAGUCUGUCUGUCUUUGCAGAAAAAGGAUGAAGUUGGAUGCGUCAUGUUGGGACCUUCCUGUACUUACGCCACCUUCCAGCUUGUGGAGUAAGUGUGCUUCUACACUUGAAUAUAUUUACAGCCAGAAUUUUCAUUUCUGACUCUUCUUUUUAUCCCUUGUUUUCUGGAUCAGUGAUGAAAUCGGUCUCAGCCUGAGCAUCCCUGUCAUCUCUGCUGGGAGCUUCGGCCUCUCCUGCGACUAUAAGCCCAAACUCACUCGGAUUCUGCCCCCAGCACGCAAAAUCGCUGAUUUACUGAUCAACUUUUUGAAUGAUACUUUACCGAUUAAGGACAGAUGGAAGCAAGUUUAUGUCUACAAGAAGUCCUUCAAUGUAACUGAGGACUGCUUCUGGUGAGAAAACUCAGACUAGAGUUCAUCAGAGUGACCUUUGUGCUUAAAUCAAACACCACAGCAUGCAUCAUUUCUCUCUUUCUUCUGGACAUAGGUAUAUCAAUGCGCUGGAGGCACCCUCAAAUAAUUUUGCCACAAGGAUAAACAGAGAGAUGCUGCGUGGGGAGGAAGAGCUUGAGUUUGCCCUUAAAAAACAGAAGAGACACAGCAACAGUGGGUAUUUUCUCUUUCUGAUUAAAAGCACUGAACAGUUUUUACAAGGGUCUAUGUUAGCUUAAAAAGUAUCAGUUCACUGAGUUCAGGGUCCACAAAGGAAAUGGAAAAACAUUGUACAAUUCUGACUACUGUCCACUUUUGGCUCUCUUCACCUUCUUUUUCCAAGCUGUUUAUCGAUGUACUACUUUUCCUGGUGAAUUUGUUUGAAAACACUCACGUUGUUUCAAAAGCUAACUGUGCUUGUUGUACUUUCUCCAAUACUCACAGUUCACGUAAAGCUGCUUUGUUUCCUCAGUUUUCAUCCUUUGCGGGGGCAUUGAGGAUGUGAUUUCAAUAAAAAGAAUAGAUGUCCCAAUUGAUGAGGAAAUCAUAUUCAUCCUUUUAGAUAUCUACAGGUAAGCCUGUCCACAAAAUCAUCAUUUUUCUUAUGAAAAGCAAAAUCUCUGUGAAGCUGACACUCUUAUCCUCCUUCAGCCCUGACUAUUACGUCAACACAACAUCCAUUGAGGAGAUGAAGAAUGUGGUUGUGUUCACUCUGCCACAGAGGAACUAUGACUCAACAAAUUCAACAUACAAUGACACGGUGAGUUCGAACUUCAGCACUCGGACAGUAUGUGUAUCCUGUAUGAGUGUGGCUCAUCUGCUUUUUCCUCCUUUCUAAUGGGCAGAUCAAUGACUUUGUGGCUGGGUACCAUGAUGGCGCUCUGCUGUUUGGCCAAGUGCUCCGGGAUCAGAUGCUCAGUAACAAAUCGAGUGAGAGAUCCAAUAAUGUGCCUCUGAGCGACAAUCCUUUUGGGAACAUUUCCUUUGAGGGUAUGUAUGAAAUGAUUGUGGACAGGUGGGACGACCUACAAAUAAAGGAUAGUGUAUAGUGAACAGGUGGUUAUUCAAAUUAUGCUCCUUACAGGGAAAAGAGGAAUCACCAUCACCAUCUCUCUUAUCACCCUGUUACCAAAGCCAUUAACAACUCACUCAUUUCUCAACCUCACUUUGUGUUUAGCUUCUUUGACCCACUUGAAACCCUUAGUAUCCUAUUUAAAGUUAAAGAGAGUCAUGAUGCCAUUUCCAGGAUAUCAAAGUUUUCUUCAUUUUGGUGUGUUUGACUCGAGCAGGUAUGGGAGGACACUAUGUGCUGGAUGAGUACGGAGACAGAGACGUUAACUUCUCUUUGAUUUACACAUCCACUGCGACGGGCCAGGUGAGAUUUCUGUGCGAUCAAAAUUAAGCACGCAAAGAUGACAUUUUUUGUAACACUUUCCCUUUUUUUUUCUUUAGUAUGAAACCCUGUUAGUGUUCGAUUCAUCAAGAAAUGAAACCAUAAUGGUGGACCACAACCCUUUCUUGCCCUGGGAGGGGCAUCGCUUGCCUCAAGAUGUGCCAAAGGAUCUCAAUGGUAGCACAAACACAUUUUUACUACUCUGUUGCUCUAAUUUUAGUGUCAUAUACUUUUUUAUUCGAGAACAAUAUCUAAAAAACAGAGCACACUGAACACUUUCAAUGUCCUUUUAGAAAUUAAGGGUGAUAGUAUGAUCUUUGUUACAGGUAAUCCAGCGCAGUAAACACGUUAAUAAAUACAUGUAUGUGUUUGUGUCCUUCUAGAUUUAGAUACACAGGAUAUAAUUGUGAUCGUCCUUAGUCUCAGUGUUGUCGUGGUGACAGUCAUCGCCCUCAUCUUCUACAGGUAUAAAACAGACACACUCUUCAGACUUAUUAAAUGUAUGUUUUUAUUAGCAGUCAAGCUACUUUUUGGCCAAAACUUGGGGCCAGCUGCUAUCGUUUUUUCAUCAGCGAACCAAUGGACAAAUAAAAUUCUGAUACCACAUUGUUGUUUGUUUUAAAAUACAACAACUUAAUGAUGACAAUACAAGUUAUGUAGUUUUCCAUAAUUCCAUCAACCUUAAAAUCUAACGUGUUCAUCUCGGCCAGUAAAAUAUUUUUAAUGUUUUUUUUUAUCUAAAUGAAGUAGAAAAUUCAUUUGGUUAUGUACAUAUUCUAGGUUACUGCUUAUAUAUAUAUAUUAGGAGGAAGAUUAAACUGCAUUAUUUUAUCAAAUAUAAUUCAUUUUAGAUGAAAAACUGCCCUGUAAUUGUUUAAACUGAAUUGGAUGUCCCAUUAAUUGAUUGGUAGCAACACUGAUGAGGCCAUCUGUAGUGUCUGCAGACAUUAUUAGUUUAUUUACUUAGUGCAGUUAUCGGCCAAUGCCUUUAUUUCUAUUAUCCUGCCUGAUUAAUCAACCUGAUGGAAUAGUUGGUCUAUCAUGACACAAAACAGCUGUUCUGAUAAGAUUUAUAAUCCUGAGACAAAAUUGGGCUUUUAUUUGACCCACAGGAAAUUAAAAGGGCAGAAAUUAAGAUACUUUAUCUACAGUUUUGUAAUGACUGUGAAGCUAAAGAUGAUUGGAUUUACUCUGUAAAUAGAGUGGACAUCCCACACAUAUCAGUGGUAAUUGUUUUUAAGCACUCAUUACUCAUCACUGUUUACUUUUGUUUUAACAAUAUUAGGCAGAAUAGAAAAGAGCGUCUGAACCAGAAGAAGUGGUCUCACAUCAGCUCACAUCUGAUCGUCCCGCUGGAUGAAAAGGAGGUCUCUCUGAAGGUGAAAAGUUUAAUUCAGCUGUGUGAAUAGAUGCUUGUCAAUAUGAGGGCCUGUGGUAGACUGGUAACCUAUCCAGUGUGUAACCUGCCCCUUGCUCAAUAACAGCUGAGAUAAGUUUUCGCCACCCUAUCAUGACAAAUGGGAUAUUUGGUCAAAAUGAUGAAUGGAUGGAUGACGGUGGGGCCUAGAUGCUAAAUACCUUGAUCUGCUGCUAAACAGUAAAGGUUUGGAUCAACACAACCUGAGAUGAGGGACUAAAGGAGGAAAGCCCUCUUUGCUUUUCUAUUUAUUCUUAAUUUUCAGCUAGAUUUGAAGGAAAAAUCUGGUCUGUUGAUUUUAAACAGGUCUCAAUGUCACAAUGCUGGCUUUCUUUUUUAUCUGGCAGGAUUAUCCUGAAUUUUAGAUAUCAAGAAAAUUCAUUCAAUUAUAUAUAUUUUAGUCUAUUUCAUAAAUGUCUAAAGAAAAAAAACAUCUCAUUACUUAAUUUAUUUAUCUUAUAUGACACACAAGGAAUGUGUAGAAAAGUGAAUGAUUAAUUUGGCUCAAAAGUAAAAUUAAGUAAUAGUUUUGGAAUUUAAAAAGAUAACCUUUUUCUCCUUCAGUUCUUUCUGUUUCUGCAAAAUUCAUCCACAAUAUAAAAGUAAGAAAAUACCUGAAAAGACUCAAAUUACACAAGCUACCGAAACCAAACCACAAACCAUGACCAAAAACAAAGAAAACCUGUAACCACAUGAUAACUGAGCUGUUACUGUUAGCCUGUUUCACACAUUUACAAUAACUAUAAUGAAAUAAUCAAUCUUUAUGUUGUUGGACUCUUCAGUUUUGCAGAUCAUAAACAGACUUCACUUUAUUGAUCUAAAUCCAUUUAAAGUCUCCUCACAGAAGUGUUUACUUAUCUAAAUCAGAAUCCAACAGUGACGUAAUCAGGAUUAGAGUACAAUGUUUUACUUCCUCACGUUGUCACACGUGCCACAGGUUUGAUGGCUGACAGAUAAGCAGAUUUACAAGACAAGGCAUAAUCAGAUAAGCUCAGUAAAAUGUUAUACAAAUUAAGUUUAUAACAAAGCCACAUGAUACUGAAUGUUAUGCAGAAAGAGCUUAAACUUCCCUGUUGUUUAAAGAGAAAUAUCAGUUAAAAUAAGAUGAGAUCGAAAACACUGUCAGUUUACGAAAAUGAGAAGGAUUGUAGUUAACCUUUGGCUGAAGAAGCCUGUUUUUACAUAAUGUGCCUUUAAAAUUUCACGAGAUCACAUUCUGAUUAGAUAAAGAGGGGGAAUCAGAUAACAGUGUUUGUGUUUGAUUGUUACAGAUCGAUGAUGAUAAGAGGAAGGAUAGCACAUUCUUCAAUCACAGAGGACGCUACGACAAAAAGGUACCAAUACUCCAACAUCUGAAAUCAACGUCUACUCAUACAACAAUAAAUGAUCAAGAUGAAUGGGACCAUCAUAUGUAUCUCUUUGUCUUUGUUUGUGUAUUUUUCAGCCUGUGAUAUUGAAAGAGCUGAAGCACACGGAUGGAGACUUCACAGAGAGCCAGAGGAUUGAAUUGAACACUGUGAGAUAGUCUUGUUUUCACAAGUUAUCCUGUCUCGCCCUCUUCCUGUGUGUUUAUUCCCUGAAAAAACACAAUCAGGCUUUUUCUCUUUUCACCUCAUUUGUAAUGUAAAUCCUGAAGAAUAUUUUCCAAUGUCUCUGUAGACCUGAUGUUUGGAUAUAAUGUCAUUUUUAGUGGUAAUAACUUAUUUUCUCUGCUUUCAGAGGGCAUGUAUUUGUGAUUUCAAAUGCCUCACCUCCAUGUUUUGUUUUUCAGCUGCUGCGCAUGGAUUAUUACAACCUGACUAAGUUCUACGGUACGGUGAGGUUUGAGUACGGCGUGUAUGGGGUGUUCGAGCUUUGUCAGAGGGGCUCACUCAGGGUAAGAGCAUGCCAUCAUUCAUACCAAUAUUAGUACAUACAGUCUGCAACUUCAGGAGCAUUGCAAAUCUGAAAAUGUGUGCAAUAGUAAACAACAACAAAAAUAAGAUGCAAAUAAAUGGAUACAUGCUGUAAAAAGCAGCACCAGAGCAGCACAAUGAGAAGUCAAAAAACAGAGAAUGCAGAAAACUUUGCAAACUGAGUCAUCACGAUAGAAGAUCCAGGCCUGUAGGGGACACUGUUGCCACUUUUUAAGAUACUUUUUACACCCUCAGCUCACAUCCUAACUUUGUUUUUAGAAUUUUAUCUGUUUUGAGUUUGCAACCUAAUGUCUCCCAUGAAAAUUUGCGACUGCAAUUUGUCACCUUGUCGGCCACCAAGGGUUACAGUUUUUAAAUGACUUUAUAGUUUUAAAGAUAUUAAGGUUAUUAAUCUUGCAUAAUCAGAGCCUGAUAUAGGCACACUGUAGCUCUUAGCGACAGGCUACAGACCUGUCUCAUUUUCAUUCCCAUUUGCCUGUUGUUAUUUUGACUAAUUUGCACCUGCUACAAACAAGUCCACAACAGUAAGGCAUGACUUGAACGACUAAUGACAUUUUAACUUGCCUUCAGUUAGUUUCUUCUAAGUGCAGUAGUGAACUUACUUAAUUCAGUACCACACUAAAAACACUGACAGGACCCUUUUUAACAAACAAAAGUUCUGUUUUCUUGAUAUUCCUGAUAUUUUUACUCUUAACUCCUUCUCUGUUUGAUUUCAUUUUAGUUUUAUCCUUACUAUAAAAUUGCAUUGCAAGUUCCUUCAUACUACACAGUCAACUGUACUGCACUGCAUUCACCCCUAAACCCUUUUAUUCUUCCUUGUUUAUUCCAGUAAACUGGACUUUCGACUAGAAUACUUAUCUCAGUUUACUUCAUGUUACAAAACUACAGCACAGUCGAAUGUGUUGUUUAUGGUAGGGCUAUGUGACCUCCAUUACCCACCGCUUUCAUGUCCGUACUGUUCAUCUGAUAAGUAAACAGGACACAGUUUGAAGAGCACCAAUAGUGUGUAUGCAAAAGUGACAACACGCACGCCCACACUCGCACAGAUUCGAGUUGAAGUGUUACAAAGUUCUAUCAGUAGAUGGCUAAAUGUGAUGUGACAUGACCACCUCAAUCUGUCUUUUUUUCUUUUCCAGUACAUUCUGAAUGACAAGAUUUCUUACCCAGACGAGACUUUCAUGGACAUGGAGUUUAAGAUAUCAGUCAUGUAUGACAUAGCAAAGGUAUUUGAUUUUGUCUCAACGCUCAUUUCUACAUCUAUGACUUUUCUGACUAUUCUGUUUCUUCAGAGGACAAUAGGGAUGUCAGCUUUUUUGCCCCCUACCCCAAUCCAGUUCACAGAUAUUGAGUAGCUUCUGAUACUGACCUGGAUUUACUUCUUUAAUGUAGUCACAUACAGGGAUUGCUUGUUUGUUUUGUUUUAGUUGGUACCAAUGAGCUUAUGACUACAUGGCUGAGUGACCUAUAGAUCCCUGUCAUUUAUAAAUACAGAGUUAUAAGCCAAAGUCCUGCUGUUUUAAAGAUGAAGGUGACAUAGGCCUUACUUGUGACUGUACAGUGAUAAAAUAAAUGCAAGUUUAUGUAAUUUGCCUUUAAUUCUACAUUAUGAUAAUAUCCCAUUAGAGUAAAAGACCUUGGUUCAACUGUGUUAGCAUCCAAGUCAAAUCAAAGGUCUUGCAAGUAUGACUUUAAGGCCUUAAAUGAUAAAUUAUAGUGGAUUUUUGGGGCUAAGCAUGCAGCUGACUUCUUUCUUAUCCUCAACAGGGCAUGUCAUAUUUGCACUCCAGUAACAUAAAUGUGCAUGGACGCCUUAAAUCCACCAACUGUGUGGUUGAUAACCGCAUGGUGGUCAAGAUCACAGACUUCGGUUGUCACACCAUCCUGAGGCCAGGCAGAGGUGCAGCUCAGUUUCUGUCAUCAUCACUGACAUGAUCAGGUUGUUAUUAUUCUGGACGUAGAGAUAACUAAUGACUGAUGUUCCCCUCUCCUCCUCCUAUUGCAGAUGUGUGGACAGCUCCUGAGCAUCUCCGUAAAGACGGAGUGUCUCAAAAAGGCGACGUCUACAGUUAUGCCAUCAUUGCUCAUGAGAUCAUGCUGAGACGGGCGGCUUUCUACACACUGUACUGCUCUGACCCUAUAGGUUGGUCAGGAUCACUUAACUCACCAUUGCUUUAAAAUCAUCCACAGCUGUAAGACCUGCUUCGAUAAUUUUUCUUAAUGUCAUCCAAUCCCUCAGAAAAGAUAUACAGGGUGCAGUAUCCCAGUGGCAUGAGAGUCUUCAGACCAGACCUCAACUUUGAGGGAGCAUCAGAGCAAGAGAUCGAGGUGAGAGAGCAACAAAACAUUACCUUAUAUCCCUACGUCAAAAACAAUAGCUUAUCCUUCACCUUUUGCUAUCUUUGCCUUUCUAGCUGUAUAAUCUAAUAAAAUACUCCUGGGACGAAGACCCAGAAAGGAGGCCUGACUUUAAGAAGAUAGAGUUAACCCUGGGCAAGAUUUUCAGGUACCCCAACAUUCAAUGUUCACACAGGCUUCUAAUUCAGCCCCACCAAGUUUACACAAGUGGUAAGCAAAUGAAAAAAGUUGUGAUUUCAGUCUAACAUGUCUUUCUUUGAUGCAGUAAUUUGCACAACCAAGCCAGUGAGACAUACAUGGACAACCUGAUCCGACGUUUGCAGAUGUACUCGAGGACUCUGGAGCGUUUGGUGGAGGAGAGGACCUCUUUGUACAAAGCUGAGAGGGACAGAGCUGAUCGACUCAACUUUAUGCUGCUCCCUGGGUAGGACAAUUCUGUAGCUCAGUGUAAUAGACAGUAUCAAUUACAGAAAAAAAAGCUAAGCUAGAGUGGCAUGAAAACCAAACCACUCCUUUAACAUUUUCUACUGUCCCUACGUUUCCUCAGCCCUGUGGUGCGCUCACUAAAGGAGACAGGCAAAGUGAAACCAGAGCUUUUCGAGGAGGUGACCAUCUAUUUCAGCGACAUUGUGGGAUUCACUACCCUCUGUCACUACAGCACACCAAUGCAGGUGGUGGACAUGCUCAACGACAUCUACAAGAACUUUGACAGCAUCCUCGACCACCAUGAUGUCUAUAAGGUAAGGUGAAAACCAGGUGAAAUCAUGACAUUUUAGUCUGAAAAAAUGUUCAUACUUGUUAUAAUGUAGAAGCUAAAAAGGUUAUAUUUUAAAAUAACACUCACAUGCAUCAAUACGUAAUUUUAUUCUUUUCCGUCUCUAGCCAUACCUUUCUAAUAACUCCUGUCAUAAGAUGGUUUUCAUCUGUUUUUUUUCUACUAAAAUUUUGUACCUACUUUCUCACAGGUUGAGACGAUAGGUGAUGCCUACAUGGUUGCAUCAGGUUUGCCCAAACGUAACGGAGACAGGCACGCAGUGGACAUCGCCCACAUGGCUCUGGACAUCCUGUCGUUUGUGGGAACUUUUGAGUUGCAGCACUUGCCAGGCAUCCCUCUGUGGAUCCGUAUUGGUGUGCAUUCAGGUAAUAGAAAUAAUGUUUCAUACAAAUAUAAUGCUUAUUAGUGACAAACGCCCCUUGAUUAAGACAGUUUUUAAAGUUUAUUUCUAUUGAUGUAAGUUUUAAGCUAUGAUUUUAUUUUGUAUCGUCCUUACCUCUGAAUCCAACCGUUACCUGUCAUUAACUUUACUCAUGUCCAGAUGCAGAAGAAUAUAGUAGAUGAACCAAACAUAAACCAUGGCACGCAUUUCUCAUUUAACUUAUAUGAUCAUACAUAUUUUGUGUCAACUUCGCAAAAUCAAAAAUUGAAAAGUAGAAAAGUCCUCAAGAGAUAUUUUAAUUGAAUAGGAUAAAAGUUUCUGCUGUAAUGCAUAUUUGUGUAUGCGUUGCAGGGCCGUGUGCAGCAGGAGUUGUGGGCAACAAGAUGCCCCGUUACUGUCUUUUUGGAGACACGGUGAACACUGCGUCACGAAUGGAGUCCACUGGCCUACGUAAGAGACAACACACACUCACGCACACCUCUUAUAACCAUCACAACAUCGAUGACAUUCCUGUACUGAUUCUCUUGUUGUCUCCUCAGCUCUGAGAAUUCAUGUCAGUGGGUCCACAAUCGGCAUCCUGCAGAGGACGGAUGGAAAUUUUGAGUAUGAAAAAAGAGGGGAGACAUACCUCAAGGUUUGUUUUAUAUGUGCUCAGCUUGUUUGAAUGUAAACUCUACAAAUUGUGGUUACUACUCUAAAUUUUCUCUGUUUGUGUGUAUCUGACCCACAGGGAAAAGGGAAAGAGCUAACAUACUGGUUAACAGGAGUGACUGGGGGUAAAUACAACCUACCCACCCCACCAACAGCGUGAGUAAAUCACAGUCUUACUCUGCUCCUGCACACUCCUUAUGUGAACACAAUAAAAGCACACAUUUUGUCAAGUUUUUCCUCUUUCUGUGAACUUUUGAGAGUUUGGGAUUCAAAGGAGCUUUAAGCAAAUUAGUUUGUGAACAUUUUACACAUCAUCUCAAUUUUUGGUGGAAUUGAAGUUAUGGUGUUACUUCUAUUCUAGACUUUACUUUUUAUUCUUUUUGCCACUCUUCCAAAUGUAUGAGUUGUUUUUGUGGUAAAAAAUAAAAUGAGAGUAGUUCAACAGGGUUUUGUUUUUUUGUAUAACAUGCAGAGUUCUUGGCCUCCUCUUGUGUUUGUGUCUUUAAUCUAACAUAAUCCUAAUGUCACUUUCUCAGGGAGAACUUCCAGCAGCUGCAGCAGAAUCUGGCAGAGAUGAUCAUUUCCAGUGCGGAGAAGCGUGGAGAUGGAAGUGAACGCUUCAAGAAGACCCUGUCCACCAAAGUCAAUCGUAGGGAGACCAACAGCAGUCUUCCGGGGGAAAAUGGCGCCCCGGAGUACUUCCACCUGGCUGUCACGGACAACCCCAGCACCUACCUGUGA